AUGGACUCUCAGGUAUUGGCUUGUCUUCAAGCUACUCUGAGUCCAGAUGAAGGUACAAGGAAACACGCAGAAGAGCAAUUGAAACAACUCUUCUUGAUUCCCGAGGGUGGAUUGAGUCUUGCUAGGAUAUUAAUGACUCAGGAAAUUGAAAUCUCGCAAAGACAGAUAAGUAUCAUUCAGUAUAUCAAUCAACACUGGACACCCGCUUCAGCAUCGUUUCAACACCCCAUUACCCCUAUAGAGGUCAAAGCUCAAAUACGUCCCAUUGUUUUUAAUGGAUUAUCAGAUCCUCAGCGUAAAAUCCGUUUAUCAGCUGCAUUCGCAUUAUCGACGAUAGCAAGAUUCGAUUGGCCGGAUGAUUAUCCUGAUUUACUUUCUCAGCUCGUUGGUCUACUGGGAGGAACAUCAAAUUCAGUUCAUGGAGCUAUGAGAGUCAUUUCAGAUUUCGUGAGAAACGAUUUAAGUGAAGAUCAAUUAUUGCCUGUCGUUCAAGAUCUCUUACCUGCUGUCCUGGCCAUUCUUGGUGAUCCAGAGCGUCAUUCAGCUUCUACUCGAGCUCAAACCAUUUCAGUUUUCAGGCAAACGUUAAGAAUGUUGGAAACUGUUAAAGACGAACAUCCUGCUUCUGUAAAAUCAGCAAUGGAAAAUCUAACUCCUGUAUGGCUGAAUGCUUUCACUCAAUUACUGUCUUCAAAUCCUUCGGAAGAAGUGAUGAAGAAUUGGGAAGCGUUAAGUAUAAGAAUAGAAAUCUUUCGUACAUUCUCGUUAUUCCACAAUGCUUUCCCAAAAUACCUUCAAGCACACUUACCAACCUACAUCCCAUUAUCGAUAACAAAUCUUCAAUCCCUGUUACCACUUUUCCAAACUUUCUACCUUUCUUCAGCAGAAGAUGCACCCGAGCCUCCUUCACCAACAUCCGAUGUAGGAAUGCUAGAUCCAAAGAUCGAUAUAACGGAUUUAGCUUGUGCCAUAUUCGAUUUCCUCACUCCUGCUGUUAGAACAAAAGUUGCCCCUCAGAUCUUGCUGGACGGCGAUAAUGGCAAUUCAGUCAUGCAAGGUAUUGUUGAUGCUGUAGUAGAGUAUACUCAGAUAACAAGAGAAAAUGAAGAAGAAUGGAUGGAAGAUCCAAAUGCUUUCGUUAUUGACGAAGAUGACGAAACCGAACAAUAUGGUAUACGAACGUCUGGAUAUGACCUAAUAGGAUCAAUGAUGGAUAAAUGGUCUCGACCUGUAACAACAAUUCUUCAAUCAAGAGUCGAACAAAAAGUUCAAGAAUCAGCUGGUGCUAGAUCUUCUGGAAAUCCCGACUGGUGGAAACCGCUCGAAUCGGUCCUUUCGUUGAUUGGUGGUGUUUCUGAUGAUUUAAGAAAUAUACUGGAGGACGACGAAGGAGCAAAGAGAGCACCAAGCUUUGACGUGCAACACCUAUUCGAUCAAGUAAUUCCUGGUCUACUGAGUCAAACAGAGACACCAUUCUUACAAGGAAGAGCGUUUGUGUUCGCUUCUCAAUUCGCCUCGCUCCUUUCUGCAAGUCUUGCCUCUCAAUAUCUUGGGGCUGCUGUUCAUGUCCUAAACUCAAGCGAAGUCAGCGUACCGGUGAAGAUAUCAGCUGUUAAAACUAUCAAGAAUUUCUGCCGUCAUGUUGCCCCUGAGGUCAUGCAACCUCAAUCACGUCAAAUCUUAUCACUCCUAUUACCUCUCCUACCUGAGAUUGCGAACGAGACUCUGUAUUUGACCUUAGAGACUGUCAGAGCAGUCUUUGCACUGGAUACAAACCUCAUAAAUGGAGAGUCGGUGGUCGAAGUUGCAAGUAGAAUAUACGAUGUUUGGGUCAAAUUUACUGACGAUCCAGUAACAACCGCGAUAGUGGAAGAGAUAUUUGAAUCACUAGUCUCCCUUCCCGAUCCCUCAGUGGCUCCUGCUUUGGUACGACUCAUAGCUCCCAAGCUUGCAGAAGUGAUUUCUACCCCAGUGGACGAUGAUACCAUUCAUAUCCCUGGGGAAGCGGUUCAACUUUCGAAUAGUCUUAUACGGACGAGAGGAGGACCAUUAGAACCUGAAUUGAUGGGAACAGUAACUGUCGCUGUCAUGAAUAUCCUGAAAGAAACGGACGAUAUGGAUGUGAUACAGCACGGAAUGAUACACCUCACAUUGGUUGUUCGGAAGGACUGCGAAAAGCUCAUACAAUGGCAUGACGCAGAGGGAAACAAUGGUAUCCAUUCCAUCUUCCACUUGCUUUCUCGAUUCUUGGCACCUACAUUCUCUGAAUCAGGCGGUAUUUUCGUCGGUGAAUUAAUCAUGCACUUGUUCCGUAAAGCAGGAAGUGUAAUGGCGCCUGUAUUACCUGAUCUACUAAGAGUGAUAGUGGAUAGAUUGGUAACCGCUCAACUACCAAGUUUUAUACAAACAUUAGUAUUACCUUUUGCAUACUUGUUCGGAACAGAAUAUACCACUUCAACCAUCGAUCUUUUAUCUUCGUUCACGACUCAGUUGCCUGACGAAACCUCGAAAACAGGCUUAGAGAUUGUGUUGGCUGCGUGGUGCGAACACUCAGAUACCAUAACUGGAUCAUGGAAUAUCAGAGUAUCAGAUUUAGGCUUGAGUAAAUUGUUCAUCCUAUCGGAUGAACGUUUGUCUAUGGUGAUAGUCAGGGGUGAUAUGGUAAUUGAUGAGAGGAAUAGAGAUACUAUAAUGACUCGAUCAAGGACUAAAUCUCAUCCAAAUCAAUAUACUCAAAUACCAUUUCCUGUGAAGGCUUUCAAGUUGAUUUUGAGAGACGUACAAUCCGAACCUGGAGUCAAAGGUAAGGGUAAGAAAAUAGAUUAUGAUAUUGAUGAAGAUGAUGGGGAUGAAGAUUGGGAUGAUGACGAUUUACUUGGUGGUGGUGAUGAUGUAGGGGAAUUUGACUACCUGUCAUCUUGGUUGGAUGAUAAAGGCGGUAACGAAAAUGACGCUCAAGACGACGACGAAGAUUUGAAAUCUGAUCCAUUAGCUCAGAUCGAUAUGGCGCAACAUCUCACAGAUACACUUCGCCACGCAUAUACGAGCAACGAGAAUGGUAUACACUCAAUGGUUGAUACUCUGAAUGACGUUGAGAAGAAGACGUUGAGAGACGUGUUGACUCUGUGA